CGUUGGUAAUUAUGUGGUAAUUAUAAAUUCUGCAAAACAAAAACAUAUGUUCAAAAUUCAAAUAAAUUGAAACAUGGAUAGAAGUUCAAGGUUUUGACAAAUACUAAAGAACAUUGAAGAGAAACGGAGUAGGUUAUACAAUAAUUAUUCGGGCAAACAAGAAAUAUUGCUGCAUUUAUGGAUGAAUCGGCAAGCACGAUAGGGCCUUAUGUAAAUAUAACUUUAUGAUCACAGCUGCAUACCAUAUUGGAAUAUUGAAGUCAAGCAUUUGUUUCCUAUUUACUGACAAUUUAGGACAAUUAAUAUUUCACUAUUGGACAAAACGUGACGAUUUUCAUUAAAUAUACGGUUUGGUGGCGUACGAAAUUUCGAUGGUGUUUUAGAACAAACCGGAUGUGAAAUAUUGUGGAUAAAAGAUGUCAUUUAUAUAUUCAAUAUGGCCAAGUAUUAAGCUGGGCAAAUCUUGGAUCAAUUCAAGUCUAAUUGUUUACAUACUUUAUUUUGCUGUGUAUAUUCUAAAUAGAAAGUACGCGGUGUUGUCAUCAGCAGUGUGUUUUACAGAUCGAAAGGGACUGUGUUACUGUAACAAUAAUAACUCUGCAGCAGUAAAAUGUUUGCUGGGUGGUUUAAAUGAUUCUUGUCUUGAAGGAAAUGCAACAAAAAGUUACAAAGCAUUCUGUGAGAUUAUGUCACAAUUUGAUUGUCGUACUAAAUAUUCUGUGAAGUGGAAGUGUAAAGAUUGUUUAGAAGCUUAUACUAAGUGGCUUUUGGCAGUCUUCAACCCAUGGCCAAAAAAUAAUACUUGGCUAUCAAAGUGUACAAACUCAAGUACAACUACUAUAGUCUCGUCAUGCAGAGAAGUCCUCGCAAAAUGUCCUUAUUUUGCUCCACAGAACAGUUAUGGAGAUACUCCUGCAUUUGAAUGCCCACUUAAUUUAAAAGAUUACAAAUCCACAAAUUGUAAGGAUUGAAUCUCCAUGAGCAAGAAUGUUGGUGUCUUGGUCCAAGAAAAUGAAUUGUCAGGAAGACAUUACAGCUAGGGUGUUGUAUUCAAGUAUACUGCAUAAACAUUGCCCCACAUAAGGUUUAUUUACACUGAU